CUACUUGUGCUCUAAUUACACGAAUAUACGAUUCACAUUCCGAUUGGAUUUGGACCCUUCAAAAAAUAAAAAAAGAGAUUAAUUUUGAAUUCAUCAUGACGACGACGACGACGACGACGACGACGAUUCAGUUUCUCUCUACACGUUGAAUUUCUUGCUUCAGGAACCUUCCUUGUUCUCGCUUCAAUCUCUUCUCUUUUGGAUCAAUCAAUAUCCGAUCAGUUUGCACGAACUGAGAAGUUGGGUUGCGGAGGAAGAAGAUUCAUCAUUUGAUCUGAUUUCGUCGAUCAGAUUGAAACCGAGCUUUUAUAUCCAAUUUCAAUCAGGUGACUUCGAUAUUCCUCUUCGUUUGCUCGAUCUGAUUUCUGGGUUUUUGAUCGAAGAAUUGGGAUUCAAAUCUAGUUGCUGAUUAAACUCGUGGAGAUCCAAUCCCUAUACUAGUUCGAAUUGGAUUUUUGUUUGGUAGAGAGGAAAAUAUCGAAAUCGGUUGUUUGUUUUCUAAAGGGAUUCGAGUUUUGUGAGUGAGAUGGUAUAUUUGCAUAGCUCAAUCUCGGUCUGCAAUUCCGUCGACCAAGCUCCAACUUUGAUCAUGUCCAACUCUGUUCACUCUUCAGAUUUGCAUCCAAAAUCGAGAAACACCCGUAACAAAUCUUCUUACACAUCAUCACCAAUAACCUGUUCCAAAUUCCCUGUCUGCGAUGGGUCUCAAUCGGCUGCUAUCGACGUCGUCAUCCUUAUCGCGGUGAUCACCGCCUGCGGGUUCUUGUUCUUCCCUUAUGUCAAACUCAUCACCCUCAAAUCGAUUGAGGUCUUCUCGGAUCUCUCGGUUUUAGUCAAAGAAGAGAUUUUGCAGAACCCGAUUGUGUAUGGAUCAUUAGCUUUGAGUAUCUUCUGCGCUGCGAUCUCCACUUGGCUUGUUAUACUCUUGUGUACUAUGCAGAGAUGCGGGAAACCGAAUUGUAAAGGGCUUAGGAAAGCUGUUGAGUUUGAUAUUCAGCUUGAGACAGAGGAAUGCGUCAAGAGCUCGAAUAACAAUAGCAACAAGAGGGGAAUGAUUGAGUUGCCUCGCGUCCAUCACCGUGAAUUGGAAGCCGAGCUCAAGAAGAUGGCACCGCCUAAUGGCCGAGCCGUUCUGGUUUUCAGAGCCAGAUGUGGUUGUUCUGUAAGGAGACUAGUGGUUUCAGGGCCAAAGAAGCAGCAGAGGAAGAUCAAGAAAUGAAUUAGAGAGAGUUAAAAAAGGUUUAAUCUUUGGAAAUGAGAUUGGAUCAUUUCACAUUUCUUCUGUUAGUUUUAUUCUCAUACACACUCUUUUACAAGAAUUUAUUUAUGUUAUAGUCUAUGUGUUUAAAUAAUGUACAAUGGGGAAUAAGCAUUGUAAGGAUAUUGUGGGAAACAGGUUAUAGUGAAGAACAUUUUGGUUAUACUCUC